UCUAAGCCUGGUCGCCGGAGCUACAUCAACAGCCUCAAGGAUGGUGCGAUUAAGCUGCCUCUUGACCUGCUGCCUGCUGGGCGCCCUGCUGCUCAUCCUGCCAGCCGCUGCUUACCCCAGGUACGCCAACAACUACUACCGCGAAGAAGGCCAGUAUGAACCAGAAGAGAUUGUGGGAAUGCUGAACCGCCUCAACGACCUUAUCCAGAUGGAACGCAAGAUGGAGAGCUUUAAAGAAGAAAUUUCUAGGAAAUUGAUGCCAACCAACGAGAAUGAAGAUAUAUCAAAUGAGAAACGCGCCCUCGACUUGGGUCUCAGCCGUGGUUACUCCGGAGCUAUUCAAGCCAAGCAUCUCAUGGGCCUAGCCGCUGCCAACUACGCUGGUGGCCCUGGAAGGAGGCGUCGCAAUGCCCACUAAACACUAUACUAAUAUUAACUAUACUAAAUUAAACUAGUUUUAUGUAGCCGUUACCUCUAUGGCUCCAAAACUUAAAGUUUACAAACUCUACGCUUGAUCUAUCAACUAAUCAAUGUUGAAUCAGAAAUUAUAAUCCGUCAAUCUAGUAUGUAUAUUAAAACUAUUUCAAUCGGCCUAGGUAUAUCAUUUAUAGCAGCAUAUAAUAUUUUAAUCGUCAGAUCGAAUAUUGAUUACUGCAUGUUGUAAAAUAGAUAGGUAGGUAGAUAUUUUAUUUAAAUUAUUUCCAUUAAUAGAAGCAGUUUUUUUAAUAAUAGUAUUUACUGUUUUCCUUCGUAAUUUGUGCAGUUAACACAGUGUACACAUUUCAUUUUUUUACUAUUUCUUUAAUUUAAAGUAAAACUGGCUAAAUUUUUUUGAUAAGUCAUGGUUCCGAAAAAUAAAGUAUAAUCUCUAAUUGACAAUUAAAAAUAUCGGCUGUUUACUGGAUCUUAUAUAUAACUCUUCUAGUCAUUGUAUCAUAGUGCUGUAAAAUCUUUAACUACUUAGUCACAAAUACUAAAGAAAAAUAACUUUCUCUGAAAAAUUACGUUCCUAUUGUUACCAUCGAUCUCAAUGUUAAGGACUGAAUAAAAUACAUUCCAUAAAUUUUAAUAAAAGUAAAAGUAAAAGAAUAAUGACUUUUACUCAUUUGUUUCCCACUUCUGUUAUAAAUUAAAAAAAAAAAAUUAUUAAAUAAAGAUUAUUGUUAUACUUGUUUAUGUUACUUAAAGUUCAACAUUGGCCAAUCGUCAAAACACUUGAGUAAAUAGUCAUUUAUAAAUUCUUUUAUUAUUGGACCAUGUUAUGUUGUACAUGCACUAGGUAUGCAACAGUCAUCUGAUGAAUUUUGAGUUCUAAGUUAUUUUUACUAUUGUUAAAUUUGUGUUAGUCAUUUAUAAUUUUAUCUAUGACUGACUUUCUACAUAACACGAUCCAAUAUAACCCUAACUUUGUAGAUACUUAUUGUAUACCAACUAUCAAGUCAGUAUUUCCCAAUCAGUAUUAAAAAAGAUCUUCUAAUCCUUUCCAAUUCUUAUGCAUACUUCUGUAUUCUCAUGCCAAAGAUACCAAAUGUUAGAAUGCUUAAAAUUUUAAACAAACCUAAUUACUUAACUACUUUUUAUAAAAUUUUGACUGUAAGUAGUGAAAAUAGCAUUGUUACUGUUGUAGCGACGUCUCUUAAAAAGGUACUUAAUGUGACAAAAUCUAGUCUAUUGUAAUUAAAUACCUCCUGUCUAGAGAUUAUUGUUAAUAAUAAAGAGAUAUACAUAUUUACAUACA